AUGACCUCGAAGCCGCCUAAAGUGCUCGUGGCAAAUAGAGGUGAAAUCGCCGCCCGGGUCCUCUCAGCAGCGCGGGAGCUGGGCAUGCCAACCGUUGCCAUCUUUGCCGCUGAAGACAAGUCUGCAGGGUAUCAUAAUAAAGCCGACGAAGCGCUUCCCGCUUGCGCUGAAAGUGACCGUACUCCUGUUGAUGCGUAUUUGAACGCCGAUCGAAUUGUGAAAAUUGCCAGAGAGCAGCGUGUGGACCUCAUUCAUCCCGGAUACGGCUUCCUCUCCGAGAAUGCGGGCUUUGCCGAGCAAGUUCGUGCAGCAGGCAUGAAAUUUGUUGGACCGCCGACCGAGUAA